AUGUCAAGACUUAAUAUAUGUUUGUUUGUGUUGCUAUGUGCGUUUGCGGCCAGAGCAGCCGCUCAAUCCGCUAACAACGUGAGAGCAACUUACCAUAUCUACAAUCCUGCACAAAACGGGUGGGAUCUUUACCGAGUAAGUGCGUAUUGCUCGACGUGGGAUGGGAACCAGUCGCUUGCGUGGCGUCAAAGGUACGGCUGGACAGCUUUCUGCGGUCCGGUUGGACCACGCGGUCGUGACUCUUGCGGUAGAUGUUUAAGGGUGACGAAUACUGCGACUGGAACGCAAGCGACGGUGAGAAUCGUGGAUCAGUGUAGUAACGGCGGUUUGGACUUAGACGAGGGCGUUUUCAAACAGCUUGAUAUUAACGGCCAAGGAAACUUUCGUGGCCACUUAAUUGUCAACUACGAGUUUGUCAAUUGUUGA